GGUUCUAUUAUCCUCCGCCCAUGUGCGUGUUGCUCGCGAGUCAGUGACCUUCGUGCUCAUGUGUGUUCCAGGGAUAUGGCGUACGGUCAUGGAAGUUCGCAGGAUAAUUUCAACGAGCCACCCCUGAUCGACGUCCGGGCUUGGGAAACCUUGUCAAACCAGCCCUCGGAGGGCUUCCCCUGUAGCUCACAUUUAGCAUCCGAUCAUGAGCAGUACAGCUUUCUGAUGCACGCAGGCCGUGAAUACCCUGAUUCCGAUCUACCUAUAGUGGGAGACCCCAUACACGGAUCUCAAAGCGGGUGGACGACAACCCCAGUUGAUGCUCACUGGCAUCCGCCCACGCCGUUCGUCCCGGGCCUUCCCACCUCCAUCAAUCUUCAUGACGAACAUAUGACGCCCGAUGAGAUUUAUCGUUGCCCGCUGCUGUCUAGCGAUGGAACGUGCUGCGAUGCAUCGAUUCCUUGUAAUGAAGCCUCCAUCACGACGCAUCUGCGCAGCAGCCACGCGCUACGUGCCAAGCGCCUCGACGUUAUCAAUUGUCUGUGGCCCGGAUGCUGCAGUUACAUGCAAGCCGCGAGCAUUCCGCGUCAUAUUAUCACGCUUCACGUCAGGGCACGUUUCCAAUGCUCGUACUGUGGCAAAAGCCUCACGCGAAAAGACGGGAAGACGAAGCACGAAAAGAUCUGUCUUGGAAAACCGUGAUGCAGUUUCAUUUUCUUGGUUAUUGAUCAUACAUCUCAAUCUGCUUUGUGUAAUGCUUUCUCUUGCAUACUAAUUUUAAAAGGGCUUCUCAAUUUUACACUACGCAGCUUGUCAAACCGUGAUGCAGUUUUAUUUUCUUCAGGUUGUUGAUCAUACGUCUCAAUCUACUUUCUGCAAUGUUUCACCUUAACAUAGAUUCCACUUGCAUACCGAUCUGAAGCUUUCAAUUUUAUACUACGCGCCUUGUAGCACAUUGAAUUUUCAUAUUCAAUCCCCCCGUUGGGCAGGAGUCUGCGACAUCCUCUGUGUUCUGAAAUUUGUCACGCUGAUUCUGAA